GCCUCCCCUGACACCGCUGCCACCUCGCCGGACGCUCCGCAGAUUGCCGCGGCCAGCCAGGGGGCGGUGCGCCAAGCGUGCGCGCCCGGGACGCCAGAUGUGCAGUCGCCGCCGCCGCCGCUAGUGCCCCAGCGGCAGCCAGAGCCCAGUCGGGUCGUCUCAGCAAUGCUGCUGCGGGGGCGACCUUGAACGCACCCUGGUUUCCCUUGGCGGGGACCACCCCGAGCCCCUGUGCUGGGUCCUGCCCUCUCCAGCUCGGCUCGCCCCGCGCUUGGUCAUGGAAGGGGCGGCAGUGUCCGAGGCAGGGGAUGGCUCUGCUGUGGAGACCGGCUUGCCCGGCUCUCCGCUGGAGGCGGUGGCCGGGGCGACUGCAGCCCCAGUGGAGACCAGGAAGCCGCAUGGGGUGAAGCGACAUCACCACAAACACAACUUGAAACAUCGCUAUGAGCUGCAAGAGACCCUGGGCAAAGGUACCUACGGGAAAGUCAAGAGAGCCACCGAGAGGUUUUCAGGCCGAGUGGUUGCUAUAAAAUCCAUCCGUAAGGACAAAAUUAAGGACGAGCUAGACAUGGUUCACAUCCGACGAGAGAUUGAGAUCAUGUCAUCCCUCAACCAUCCUCAUAUCAUCAGUAUUUAUGAAGUGUUUGAGAACAAAGACAAGAUUGUGAUCAUCAUGGAAUAUGCCAGCAAAGGAGAGCUGUAUGAUUACAUCAGUGAGCGGAGACGCCUCAGCGAGAGGGAGACCAGACACUUCUUCCGGCAGAUCGUGUCUGCUGUGCACUACUGUCACAAGAAUGGUGUGGUCCACCGGGACUUGAAGCUGGAGAACAUACUGCUUGAUGACAACUGCAACAUUAAGAUCGCUGACUUUGGGCUUUCCAACCUGUACCAGAAGGACAAGUUCUUGCAAACAUUUUGUGGGAGCCCACUGUAUGCAUCACCUGAGAUUGUCAACGGCAGGCCUUACCGUGGGCCAGAGGUGGACAGCUGGGCCCUGGGCGUCUUGCUUUACACUCUCAUUUAUGGAACAAUGCCCUUUGAUGGCUUUGAUCACAAAAACCUCAUCCGGCAGAUCAGCAGUGGAGAGUACCGGGAGCCCACACAACCCUCAGAUGCUCGUGGUCUCAUCCGGUGGAUGCUGAUGGUGAAUCCUGAUCGCCGGGCCACCAUCGAGGACAUCGCCAACCACUGGUGGGUAAACUGGGGCUAUAAGAACAGCGUCUGUGACUGUGAUGCCCUUCCUGACUCUGAGUCUCCACUCUUGGCGAGGAUCAUUGAUUGGCAUCACCGUUCCACGGGGCUGCAGGCUGAGGCUGAAGCCAAGAUGAAGGGACUGGCCAAACCCGGGGCCUCUGAGGUGGUGUUGGAGCGGCAGCGGUCACUGAAGAAGUCCAAGAAAGAGAACGACUUUCCCCAGUCCGGCCAGGACUCCGUACCUGAAAGCCCAUCCAAGCUGAGUUCCAAGAGGCCCAAGGGCAUCCUGAAGAAGAGGGGCAACAGUGAGCAUCGUUCCCAUAGCACUGGCUUUAUUGAAGGCAUUGUGAGCCCUGCCUUACCAUCCCCAUUCAAAAUGGAGCAAGAUUUGUGCCGGACUGCCAUCCCCCUCCCCAGCUCCCCCGAGGCAGAUAUGUCAGGGAAGCUCAGCCUCAAACAGUCUGCCACGAUGCCCAAGAAAGGCAUCUUGAAAAAGACCCAGCAGAGAGAAUCUGGUUACUAUUCAUCUCCAGAGCGCAGCGAGUCUUCAGAGCUGUUGGACAGUAAUCACGUGAUCAUCAGCGGUGGCCUCUCUUCCCCUCCCCCAGACCCAGUCAGGGGAACAUCUCACAGCCUGUCCUGCCGGAGGAAGGGCAUCUUGAAACACAGCAGCAGGUACUCGGAUGGUGCCACAGACCCCACCCUCGCCGGCUCUGAAAUGCCCACACUGGAAUCCUUGUCACCUCCCGGUGUCCCAUCUGAUGGCAUCUCUCGGAGCUACAGUCGCCCGUCCAGUAUCAUCAGCGAUGACAGUGUCCUCUCCAGCGACUCUUUCGACUUGUUAGAUCUGCAGGAGAGUCGGCCAGCCCGCCAGCGCAUCCGCAGCUGCGUCUCUGCUGAAAACUUCCUCCAGCUUCAGGACUUUGAGACACCACACAACCGGCCCCGGCCCCAGUAUCUGAAGCGGUACCGAAACCGGCUGGCAGACAGUAGCUUCUCCCUUCUCACUGAUAUGGACGAUGUGACUCAGGUGUAUAAGAAAGCUCUGGAGAUAUGCAGCAAGCUCAACUAGCCCUUCGGGGCACAGAUGGGAUGGGUGGGUGGGUGAGUCCAAGGGAGGGGAACAGAACUCAGCCUGCAGGCUGGUUACCUCUUUGCUGGUUGGUCAUGGCAACGGACUGGGAAAGGACUAAUAACGUCUGGCCUGGCUGGUUUUUGCAGCCAUGAGUCAGCACCUAAAAGGGAUGGAAACCGUUCUUUACCAGUUCUGCCAGCUGCCAGUCAGAAUGUGGGUCCUAACUGGCAUUCCCAGAUGACAUCUCACAGGGAAGGUGGUGUUGACCGGCAUGAAAUUGGAAGGGGCAUUAUGAGGGAAAGGGGGUGUUUUCCUAGAAGUCAUCUAGAUGUUUCUGGAGGAGGAGAAGAAAGACUGAGACCAUCUGCUUUGGAUUAAUAUAUUAGCAAGUCCAGUCUGACGACAUUAGUGGCUAGCAAGAUUUCAGCAACCUGAGUGUGAAUUGGUGAACGAUUGGUAAUGUCUGUACUAUGAUCUGAUUUUAGUAGAUAGGCGCACCAGGGAGCAUUGGGUGAGUAGCAAUAACUGCCAGGGAAUCAGGAGCAGAGGCAACAGCAUACCUGCCUUGGCUAAGCCCUGGGAGUUAGGUUAAAGCACCCUGUUUAAAAGACAGACGGUUAACUCUUUCAUGACACAGCAUGACAUGUGUUAAUUUGCUCCUGGACCUUGAGCAGAAGACAGGACUUGCUUGCGAGGGAAUGUGUUGAACUCUGUUACGGAAAUAGUCUGGUGGGGGUAACUUUUUGGUUUCCUGGGAUCUGCCUAUUCUUUCUCCUCUUUCUUGUCUUGUUCUUCUUUAGUGGGAACAGGUGAGCAGGAAGAUACUUGGCAGUGUGAGAGGCCAGGGCUUUGUGUGUGACGGGGCACAGAGCUGUCAUGGUCUUUGCACAGUUGAAUGGAGGGUGAGGCACGCCAGCAAGGGGCGACUUAUCACUUUCUCAAAUGUCUCAGUGUUAACUGGAACCCUGCACAGGGACGCGAUGCUCCUGAGAGACUCCAAAGCAUCACUGUCUCAGCUAGAGGCCCCAUUCACCCACAGCUGUGGACCCUUAACCAUAGACGAGUUGCUUCUAGGGAGCUAGUGUGUAGGUAAAAUACGUGGCUGAAGAAAAGUCCAGUUUGACAGAAGGCUCUUGUCUCCUCAGGCCUAAGUAUUCUGUCUCGUGGUUUUGAUCUUCCUCAUUUUGGGAGAGAAAACAGGUUCCAUCCAUGCAUCCACAGGAUAAGAUGUUGAAAGAGCAGAGUGUUUCAUUUAGGCUUAGGGAUGUUUCCUCGGGAGCCAUCCAGAUGGCUCUGGAGGAGGUAGAAAGGAGGUGUGUGUGUGGGGGGGGGGGAGGGGGUGACAGGAUGCUUAAAAAUGUUCCGGCUAGUCAUCGAAUCUCUGAACUAAGAUUACAGGUGAUGUCAUCCCCAUGGAGGGACCCUGGGCACACUGGGGGGUUGAAAUUGUCUUUCUGGUCUGCCUUGAUCUGGAGGUCUCAGGCACCUGCAGUGGUUCUGAGAGCUUCCCAUAUGUGGAGGCUGGGGACGUGGCUGAGUGGUUUUUCAAGCCCCUGCUUGGUUCUGACACCUGCUUCUAGCUGGGAUGCUGACUGUCCCUGCAGGAAAGGAGUUAGGAUAGAAAACAAAGCCCUAAAAAGAGCUACUUUCCAGUGGAGCCCUGCCAGCCGAUCCCCCGCCAAAGAAGGUAUGCUUGACUUAUUUCUGUGGAGUCACCAGAGGGCAGAGUGGGAGAGUUGCCUGCUGUGAGCUCUCCUGGUCCUUCCUUUGCUUCUGGGGCCCUUCCGUUCUUCGUUUACACAUCUGCCAAAGGGGCUGGAAUUGUGUUAUUUUCAAGGCACAAUCAGUUUUUAACAAAGUGCUUCAAGACCCUAGGCAACAUGACAAUUCUCAGUUCCCUCUGAAUUUUAGUCUGUCACCGGGUCCUCUUUACCAAAGGAGCACGUUGCAGGGUGAAAUUCAGGCAUGCUUUGUCCAGGCCUGCUGUCUUGAGUACAGAUGUGAAUGACGGACUGACUGCUUGUUGCCAAACUGGAACUGUUUUGUAGGGAUUUACUGGCAUGGUGUCAUUCCUAGGAAGAAGAAGGAAAUAAAAAGGAAAAAAAAAAAAAAAAAAAAGAAAGAAAGAAA